ACCGGCUCUCCUCGUCUGCCUAUCCGCACUUCACCACCAGAACGCGCUGUGCUGAGUUCUGAGACUGAGAAUGACGGUCAUCCAUCGCAAACUCACGACCGCGGAUCAUGUUAAGGCGGCCGAGCCUGGUGUCAAAUUCCACUGCGACGUCUGCGCCUGCGACUGCACGCACCUAGUCCGCGUGCGCUGCGCAGUCUGCCAGGACUACGAUCUCUGUGUGCCCUGCUUCGCAUCCGGCGCCUCGUCCGGCACCCACAAACCCGACCACGACUACUCCAUCGUCGAGCAGCAUGCCUACCCGAUCUUCGUCGAGGACUGGGGCGCCGACGAAGAACUCCUGCUCGUCGAGGGCGCGGAGACGCUCGGCUUGGGCAAUUGGCAGGACAUUGCGGAUCACAUCGGCGGCCGCACAAAGGAGGAAGUCGAUCGCCAUUACCUAGACGUCUACAUCCGCUCCGAGAGCUACCCGCUCCCGGACAUGAAGCGCAAGUUCUCAAUCACGCCCGCCGAGUUUGCCUCGCGCAAGAAAGCAAGGCUUGAAGCGCGCCGCGCGCAGAACGCAGUCCUGCCCCCGCCGAAACAGAAACCGACCGCGUCCGUGCCGUCGUGCCACGAAGUCCAGGGAUACAUGCCCGGCCGACUGGAGUUCGAGACCGAGUACGAGAACGACGCCGAGCUGGCGGUUAAAGAUAUGGUCUUUGAUCCCGACGAUGGCGAAGGCGAGGUCGAUCUCAAGCUGACAGUCUUGGAUAUCUACUACUCGCGGCUGACGUCGCGCGCGGAGCGCAAGCGCAUGUUGCUCCAGCACGGGUUGCUCGAGUACCGCAAAGUGACUGCGAACGAAAAGAAGCGGACGCGGGAAGAGCGCGAGCUGCUGACCAAAGCCAAACCGUUCGCGCGCCUGAUGACAAAAGAAGACUGGCAGCAGUUCAGCGACGACCUGCUCUCGGAGCUCACGAUCCGCAAACGCAUCGCCGAGCUGCAAGAGUAUCGCCAAAACGGCAUCCGCACGCUCGAAAUGGCGCAAAAGUACGAGCGCGACAAGACCCAGCGCGCGAUGAUUGCCCGCAACUCGAUCGGCCUCGGCUCCUCGCUCGGAUCGGUCUCGGGCUCGCGCUACGGAUCGAGCACGCCCACCGGCCGCGGCGGUCGGGAUUCCUCGGUCUCGCUCGAAAACAGCGGCGGCAAGUCCUCGUUCCGCAAACCGGCCGCGAACCCGCUCGACAUCUCGCACGCGGCCGAUCUCGACCUGCUCUCGCCGGCCGAGCAGCAGCUGUGUAGCCAGAUCCGCAUCCUGCCGAAGCCGUACUUGGUCAUCAAGGAGACCUUGUUUAGGGAACUUCUGCGUACCGGUGGUAUUCUGAAGAAGCGCACGGCGAGAGAGUUGAUCAAGAUCGAUGUGAAUAAGACGGCGAGGAUUUAUGAGUUUUUCCAGAAUCAGCGGUGGUUGAGCUGAUGUGGUGGAUGGGUUGCUUGGAGUUGGUUGUAUGAUAUCGGGUUGUAGUUUUAUGUUGUAACUAGUUUUACAGGAGUUUUAUAUAAUGGCGUUUACCAUAU